UAAAAAAAUGGCGCAUGCUAUCGCGUUGUUUAUGAUAAGUUUCCGCCGGUAUGCGUGUUGUCUAUUGCAGGUCGUUUAGCGCUUGAAAACGCAUGUAACAAAACUGCCAUGAUGAGAUCACACAGCACGCAACUGAGAGGCCGCGUGUAAAUACAUCCCGGCAUUUCACCAUGCCACACCGCGACAGCGAUUCAGACUCUUCCAGGCGGAAACGUAAAAAGAGAACACACGCGAGAUCUGGUUCGUCCUCCUCGGACUCGCCGGAUCGCUAUCGUCGCAAGAGGAGGAGUAGACACAGCUCGCGCGACAAAUCCAGGCGGCGGAGGUCGAGAUCCGACUCGUCGUCCCGUUACUCCUCGAGCAAGGUGUCUUCGUCUAGGAGGCGUCGUUCUGGUUCCAGGCAUCGACGAUCUCGUUCUAGGUCUUCGGCACCACGCAAGAGGUCCAGAACUCCAAAGCAUCGAUCACGGAGGUCUCGCAGCAGCUCAAGCUCGCGGAGACGUUCACGGUCAAGCAGUGACUCACCGAGGAGAAGCAGGAAAACAUCGGCAUCAGUUUCCCCAAAGAGAGUGCGGAAACCAGGAGACCCCCUGCCAUCAAGGACUGGGAAUGAAACUGACAAGCUCAAGCAAAAGAUUCAACAGGUGAUCAAAGCCGCAGCUACAGCCAAUGCAGAGCUGCGUGAGCGUGGUCUCCUCCCUUCUGGCUCCAGCAAGGAGGGUGCCGCUGGAAGCGGUACCAGCACCCCGCCUAGUGUGCUAGAGCAGCUGCAACGGGCACGUCUGAUUGACGACAUCAACGCCCCCUCCUUCAGCCAGCAGUCCUUUGUUUCCCGCAGGGAACAUGGAAAAAAGGAUUCUGUGUCUGGUACUUCUAAAGUAGUGGACAACCACACAGCAGCCAUUUUCGGAUCGUUUGAAUCCCUUGUAUCGGCAGCCAAGGAAGUGGUGCCUCUGUCUAAUUGGAGGGAGAAGCCAGAGCUGCUGAUCCACCCAAAGCUUAAGGAGGCAACAGAGGUGAAGCUGGAGCGCUGGCGAAAGAAGCUAGCUGCUGAAAGAAGAAAGCGCAUCAAUGGAACAACCACGAGUGGCUUGAUGCACAAUGACACGUGACUGCGCCCAGAUAGCAAGCCUUCACUGGUUGAUGGACUAAGGACACUAUGUGGUGAUCCUCGCGAACAGUCAACGGUGUUUCAAUUUUUGUAUAUAGAGCAUUGUAUGGAUUUUUCUCUCCCUCUCUUUCAUGUCAUUGUACAUCUCGACCGCCUUCUCUUGUGAAUCCCUGCAGUCGAGCGAAAAAUUUUUUUAAUGCGAACACGUGGCAUUCUAUAAUAAAAUAAAAGGGAAGGUGUCACCACUGAGCUCUUUGUUGCAGCAUGA